AGAUGAGUAGAGAGCACAAAAAAAGAAAGCUUUAUAUUAAUCCCAAAUAGAAUAAAGUUAUGAAGUUUAAGAAGAAGCAUCUCCAUUACAUUAAAGAAAUAAAUCAUUUUCAGUUCAAAUAUCACCUGUAUAAUAAACAGAAGUGAAGGCUUAACCCUAUGAAUAUAUGAAUAAGCCUUUAAAACUACCUCCAAUAAGUGAUAGAGUAACAACUUUCACAAAUCCAACAAGCAGUAAAUUAUAGCUUCGAUAGAACCCUAAAAUAUAUUUAUCUUAGGAAUAAGACAAGACAUUGAAAUUUAUAUAGAAGUAG